CGAAGAUACAAAUUUUACGGAAUAACAAUUAGAUUUUUCCACUUCUACAUAUCGUCGAGAAUAAUAAUCAAUCUUAUUGAUAAAAACAAAAAAACAAAAAUUAAAAUAACAAAGUAAUUAAAAAUAAUUCAAACUAUUUUUCGAAACAACCACGCGUCUGCCGAUAAUUAAGCAAACGGAAAUGAUAUCGAAUUACCCUAAAUCAGAAAUCUUUGAUAAUAGGUAGAAACGAACGAUGAAGUUGAAUCGAAAUAAAAUCAUCCCUUGCGAUUGCGCAUGACUCUUAGGGGUGAAUAACGAAAUUAUCGCACCCCCUUGCGCUUAUAUAUACGACCAAGAUGAUCGGCGAAAGUUUGUAUUGUUCAAUCGUUCCUCGUUUCACCAUAAAUUCUUAUAUUUCUCCUCUUUCUCUUCUUCUGCACCAAUUUAUCUAUUUAUCUAUCAAUUAACAAAGUUUUGUGUUAUCUUCUUUCAUGCAACAAGUAGGACCAUAUCGAUCUAUCUAGAAAAAGAAAAAAAUUGUGAAUUAAACUCAAAGUGAUCUAUAUUAAUCACGCGUGUAUUUGUUGUGUAUGUGGUAUUGUAACAUUUAUAUGUGUGAUCAUCUGUGCGUUUAAAUAAUUAUUAUUAUCUGUUAGAAAAAUAUUUUUUUUAAUCGAUUCGUAGAUUUUUCGUUUAUUUUUUCUAAGUAAGAAGUUUAUUUUUUUUAUUUCGAAAAAAUGGAUAUCGAAGAAUUUCGAAUUCGUGGGAAAGAAAUGGUCGAAUAUAUAUGCGAUUGCAUGAAUAAUAUUCAUAAAAGAAGAGUAACACCAGAUAUUGGUCCUGGAUACUUGAGACCGUUGUUACCUUCAGAAGCACCUCAACAACCUGAAGCGUGGGAAGAUAUUAUGAAGGAUGUUGAAUCUAAAAUUAUGCCUGGAAUCACACACUGGCAACAUCCAAGAUUUCACGCAUACUUCCCAGCAGGAAAUUCUUUUCCAUCAAUUCUUGGUGACAUGUUAUCAGAUGCGAUUGGAUGUAUCGGCUUUUCUUGGGCUUCUAGUCCAGCUUGCACGGAGUUAGAAACAAUAGUUUGUGAUUGGUUCGGUAAGGCCAUUGGUUUGCCAAAAGAUUUCCUAUAUUUUAGCGAAGGCAGUAAAGGUGGAGGUGUCAUACAGGGUUCUGCUUCGGAAUGCAUUUUGGUAUGCAUGUUAGCUGCAAGAGCUCAAGCUAUUGCUAGAUUAAAAGAAUCGUCGGGUCAUGCACAUUUAGAUGAGACUGUAUUAUUGGGAAAAUUAAUGGCCUAUUGCAGUAGAGAAAGUCAUAGUUCUGUUGAAAAAGAUGCUAUGAUUUCGUUUGUUAAAUUAAGAAUCCUAGAACCCGAUGAAAAGAGCGUACUACGUGGUGAAACAUUAAGACAGGCUAUCGAAGCUGAUCUCGCAGAAGGUUUGGUUCCCUUUUUUGUUUCUACAACUCUUGGCACUACUGCUUGUUGUUCCUUUGACAAUUUAAAAGAAAUUGGACCAAUCUGCAAAAAAUAUCCUGGAGUUUGGUUACACGUAGAUGCAGCAUAUGCAGGGAAUGCUUUCAUUUGUCCAGAAUUAAAAUACUUAAUGGCUGGAAUCGAAUAUGCAGAUUCAUUUAACACCAAUACAAAUAAAUUCUUAUUAACCAACUUUGAUUGUUCUUGUCUUUGGGUAAAAGACAGAUUCAAAUUAACAAGCGCUCUAGUUGUUGAUCCGCUUUAUCUUCAGCAUACACAUGCUGAUACUGCAAUAGAUUACAGGCAUUGGAGUAUACCAUUAAGUAGACGAUUUCGUUCAUUAAAACUAUGGUUUGUUAUGAGAAACUAUGGUAUAUCAGGAUUACAAGCAUAUGUUCGCAAUCAUUGUCAACUCGCAAAGAGAUUCGAAGCCUUGGUGAGGAAGGACUCAAGAUUUGAGAUAUGCAAUGACGUUGUGUUAGGUCUAGUAUGUUUCCGUGCGAAGGGUUCUGACAAACUUAAUCAAAAACUUCUGAGUAGUAUUAACGAUUCAGGAAAGAUACACAUGGUACCAGCACGUGUUAAUCAACGUUAUACAAUUCGCUUUGCUCUUGCUGCACCAAAUGCAUCUACUGAUGACAUUGAUAUAGCUUGGUCCAUUAUAACAGACUACUUGGCGGAAUUGUUAGAAUCUAAGGAUGUAAUGGAUGAGUUGGCUGAUAUUCGUGAGAAGAAACGUAAAGCUACGUUAGAACAAAGACGAUCCUUUUUCGUUCGUAUGGUGUCUGAUCCUGCUAUACAACCUGGGUUUACUAAAACGCCAAAUAGAACCGGGGCGAAGCUUGAUACUCAAGCAACGAUUGGUGGUAUUGGAACUAACUCCCACACUGGAACACGUUCAUGGAUAUCUUGGCCACUGGCAUAUUUGAAGCAUGCAAGAGAUAGUACUGAUACAAGCGAGUUAUCAUUAAGAUUUCGACAUUUGGAUACAAUGGUAAGAUUGAAAACAAGUGGUGCUGGAAGUAGACGUGGUAGUAGCAACGGAUGUAGUCCAGAACCAUCACCUACAGCUUCACCGUCUCGUGGAAGAUCACCUAAUGGCAGAACGUAAUGAUUAUAAGUAUAAUGAUUAGAAAAUCUUGUAAAAACAAUUUCUCUUUUAAGUAUUCAAGAUAUAAAUAAUGACAUAGUUUGAAGACGAACAAUGAUUCAAUUGUUGUUAAAUUUAUCUGUUCAUUUUAAUAUGAAUACUGCCUAUAAAACAAAUGUAAAGAAUUGUUUGCCAAUGGAUUAAUUAAACAAUUUAAUUCCGAUAUCUACGAUUGGUUCCUUCAAUUAUUAUAUUUUCCUUUCCUUAUAAAAUUAAAUAACAUUGUUGAUUUAUUAUCGAGAAAUGAAUUUUCAUAGUUUAUUCUCUGUCUCCUACAUUGACAAUAAAACCCGUUCGAUCGGUUUCUGCAUAUAAACCUAUUUAGGGAAGAAAAAUUAAUAAAAUAAUAAUAAAAAAACGAACAGAAAACUGUAGAAUAUUUUCAGAUCUAAAAGAAUGAUUUCAUUUGUACAGUUCCUGCUAGUUCGUUGGAAAUCCAAUUGAAAAAAACGUCGAAUGCAAGGAGACCAUGCGUGAAGGUGAUGUUGAGAAAAUGG